AUGGCCCCUAAAGCAUUCUUCAAAUCUAUCUGGUCUCUAGCCAAAAAGACGGCCAUCGAUACUCGUGACGACUUUCGUAGUACAUUCAUCAACGGGCAAGGAUCAACCGUAGACUCCUUGAAACCAAGCUCCACCUUCGACUCAGAAGAAUUUUCUCCUCGCGGCCAGCAGGAAGAUAAGGCCAAAAGCACUGUCCCAAUUAACAGUGGCAGAAAUUAUGCAUCAUCCUCUGGCAAGAACAAGCUGCCAGGAUCGGGCACCAAAUCCACUGGCACCAAAUCCACUGACUCCAAAUCCGCUCAAAAGGCAGGCUCCAAAUCCAUUCAGUUACCUACCAAUACGGGUGGCAGUCGUGCCUAG